AUAUAGCCCUCGAUGGUUUGACACCUCUAUAAAGAACAAAUGUGAAAAAAUGUCGCUUUAAAUUGGCAAUUAUCUUUGUAUUUAAGUGCUAAAAUAGAUAUAUACGCGCAGAUAUUGUGCUUGUACUGAAGUACAUAAUGGCCGGUCACAUGUCUUCCAAUUCGAAUGGAGAGUUGAAGAAACUUUCGGAGGAGAGUUUACUGCAACCGCCGGAAAAGGUGUUCGACAUUAUGUACAAACUGGGCGAGGGAAGUUAUGGCUCCGUCUACAAGGCCCUCCACAAGGAAAGCUGCUCCAUUGUGGCCAUUAAGCUGGUGCCGGUGGAGUCCGACCUGCACGAGAUCAUCAAGGAGAUAUCAAUUAUGCAACAGUGCGAUUCUCCGUAUGUGGUACGUUAUUACGGAUCGUACUUUAAGCAGUAUGACCUGUGGAUAUGCAUGGAAUACUGUGGGGCGGGCAGCGUUUCCGACAUAAUGCGCCUACGCAAGAAAACGCUGACAGAGGACGAGAUAGCCACCAUUAUGUCGGACACGCUGAAAGGACUGGUCUAUCUGCAUUUGCGCCGUAAAAUACAUCGAGACAUCAAGGCUGCCAACAUACUGCUCAACACGGAAGGCUAUGCCAAGCUAGCCGACUUUGGUGUGGCUGGCCAGCUCACAGACACGAUGGCCAAGCGAAACACGGUCAUAGGAACUCCCUUCUGGAUGGCGCCCGAAGUUAUUGAGGAGAUUGGCUACGAUUGUGUAGCGGAUAUUUGGUCCCUUGGCAUCACAGCCCUUGAAAUGGCAGAGGGAAAGCCCCCCUACGGUGAUAUACAUCCCAUGCGGGCUAUUUUUAUGAUACCUCAAAAGCCACCGCCCUCGUUUCGGGAACCAGAUAGAUGGAGCACUGAAUUUAUUGACUUUGUGAGCAAGUGCUUGGUGAAGGCUCCCGAUGAGCGGGCCACAGCUACAGAGCUACUGGAGCAUGAGUUCAUACGCAAUGCCAAGCACCGUACCAUAUUGAAGAACAUGCUGGAGGAGACCUGUGCCAUUCGAGAACAACAGCGGGCCAAUCGGGCUGCUGGCGGAGUGUUGGCCUCUAGUCAGGCCAAGAGUCUUGCCACCCAGGAGAACAGUAUGCUACAACACAUGCAGGAGGAAGAAACCGAGUUCAAUGGCACAGGGAAGACCUUCAUUGAUGAUCCUGGCACGCUGGUGCCUGAAAAGUUCGGUGAAUAUCAGCAAAGCUCGGCUUCGGAUGCAACUAUGAUAGCGCAUCCGGAACCAGAUAUUGACGAAGGCACCUUGGGACCGGGUGGCAUCCGAGGUUUGAGCAGGGCAGCGGCAAUAACGGGAGCCGGCGUGACUGCUGCGUCUGCUUCAUCUCCACUGGAUGUACCAGCAGUCGAUAGUGGUACCAUGGUGGAGCUGGAGUCAAACUUGGGCACAAUGGUUAUCAACUCUGACUCUGACGACUCGACAACGGCUAAGCGCAACGACGAUCAGAAGCCUCGAAACCGGUAUCGUCCUCAGUUCCUGGAGCAUUUCGAACGUAAAAAUGCUGGCGAUGCACGUGGCGAUGACAAGGCGACGGCUACAGAGUAUUCCCCAGCGGCAGCCGAGCAGCAGCAGCAACAACAGGAGGAGCAGCAUCUGGCCAGUGGAGCCAACGACGUAAGCAACUGGGAGCACAACAUGGAAAUGCAGUUCAAGCAGAUUUCGGCAAUCAAUCAGUACGGGCUACAGCAGCACCAGCAGCAACAGCAUGUACUCAUGGCCUAUCCACUGAUGAAUGAUCAGCUCAUUGCCAUCAACAAUCAACAGAAUCUUCUGCGCAGCAAUGCCACGCCUCUGGCUCAGCAGGGACACCCGGCUGUGGCUCCAGCUCAACCGCCGCCCGCAUAUCAGAACCAACAUAUGCACUCGCAAUCGCACGCAUAUGUGGAGGGCGAAUUUGAGUUCCUUAAGUUUCUUACCUUCGACGAUCUGAAUCAGCGUCUUAGCAACAUUGACCAUGAAAUGGAGCUGGAGAUUGAGCAGUUGAACAAGAAAUACAAUGCCAAACGGCAGCCCAUAGUGGAUGCCAUGAAUGCAAAGCGCAAACGCCAGCAGAAUAUCAAUAAUAAUCUGAUUAAGAUAUAGAAAUAGCGACUCACAAGUUUGCAAGGCAACUGAAAAUAGAAUUUCAACUCACCAGAGACCCUUUGCGUUUGGUUGAGUUCAAAGGAAGUGCGUUCGAGUUGCAGAAGCUAGUUCUUUCUCAUCCAGAAAUGUUUCUUCAUCUCGCGCAUCUUCCAUAUUGAUCAUUCAAUCCAGUGUAAAGGGUUCGAAAAAAACGCAAGAAAUGAAAACACAAAAGCUUUAUUGUAAAAUGCAGUGAAAACAGGAAUGAAAUGUGGUUAUAAACGUCGUCGGCAAAACAUACAAACAUACCUACAUAUAUUAAAUAACGUACGAAAACUUUUUCCUCCCUUUUUGAUUUUAAUUUUGUUCGAUCGCAUGUUUUGUUUUGUUUCGUUUCAUAUUUUAUAUAUUUUUGAAUUGUAUCAAUCUUCCAACGAAGACAUUCUCGAAUCAACAAGAUAUUUUAGCAUCUCGCAGCUGCCUGCCUCCAAAUUGAUAAGACUACGUAAAAUGUUCUUCCCGGUUAACUAUUAACCCUAAUCUCUUACUAUAUUUCCUACUUUUAUUUGUGUCUUCGUGCGAAUACCAACACACAACACAAACACACACAGAAACCCGUCAAGCAAUAAAUAUAAAGAAAUACGUUUUUACAACGCAUUAGAAUGCAUAUUUUUCGAAAGGUAUAUUUAUCAAAGCAAAAUGCACAGAAGCACUCACAUUUAUAUACUAGUAGUUUUAGACCUUAUAACUAAUUUACCUAAUAAAUAUAUAGUAAUAUAUGCAAACAAAUCUUGUAUACAGAUACCAUUGUAUAAUAUAUAUCUUUCGUUCUUAUUUACGUUAAAA